AGCGGAAACGCUCUCUUCUCGAGUUGGCGCUUUAUUUACUGACCCCUCUACCUCACUGAUUGUGACACUUGGAGUGCAGUGGGAGCCAUGGCGAGAUCUUCGAUGAGAUCAGUGAAUUGCUCUUUCUAGCCAUUGAAGUUUAUUAGAGUUACUGUUCUUUCUCUCGUUCUUUGAUUUGACUGACUGUUUAGAAAAUUUCUAGAGAUGGCAAUGUAACUAUGACUCUGCCAUCAAGUGUCAGUUUAAGGAAUCUGAUUGUGUUGUGAGUUUUAAGAUGAGAAACAUGAAGAGCUGUGCUGCUGCUGCUGCUGCUGCUGCUAUGAAACCUGUGAAGAAGGAGCCUAUCGUGAUCGACUUAGACAGUGACGAUGAAGAUGUUCUCUGUGGUGAAUUGAACGAGGUUACGAUGGAUACUGAUGUUUCAGUUGAGUCUGGGGAAGCUAAUCCCUCCAACAUGCAAAUGACCUUUUCUGCUGCUGGUGCUAGUGGUGAUGAUAAUUGGGAUAACAAAAUUGAUCAUCAGUAUCUGAAGCUGUUUGAUAGUCUUAUGGACGAUGGAAACUCAUACUUGAGUGAUAAUCCACUGAGGUGUAUUAGGUACGAAGUAGAUAACGGAGGAUACGACGAGCGCGAGUUUAAAGGUAAGCAGAAGAGCAGAGUAGAUGGUGCGACCAAGAAGAAUGCUGUUGUGUCGAGGACUCCUCAUCGUGUCCAAGCGAGUACCAAGAAGACGAGGGAGUUUGUGUUGAGGCGAAGAGAGAGUCCAGUGAGUGAUAAGAGUGUUGAUGCAACAAGUCAUGCGAGGAGAAACUCGCAACGCGAUGUUGAAGCUAGAGAUAAGGAGAUUCGUGAAGCGGAGAUGGUACCUGAUGAGGGUUACAAAUCCUAUCUUACAUCGUUAGUGGAGAAGCGGAAGAGCUCAAGUGGUAGUAAACCUGAGAAGGAGAUACAAGUGAAGCGUGAGGAAGUGGAUGCAAUGUCUCUGUCUGAUUCCGACAGUAUUGAGGUUGAUGAUCGCCCGUUUCUUGAUGAAGAAGUCUCUCCGUUUGUGGCCUCAAAAAGUUAUAAAGUGGUUGAUCUGGAGGAAGAGAGCGAAGAUGAAGGUGACCAAUGCAGUUCUUGGUUUAGGAAGGAGAUAAUGAAUGUUCUUAAAAAACCAUACAGUGAAAAAGAGUUCAAAGAGCUUGAACAUGUAGCAUCAGUGUGUAAGUGGUUGACCAAAUCUAAGGAGCUUUUAGAUGGAAGGGAUUUUACUUAUACAACGAAUCAAAAGACACCUUCAUAUCUCGAUCAGUAUCCAGAGUUCAAAAGGAUGUUCGAAAGAGCUUUAUAUGGAGAGGACCGCUAUAGAGCUCUGAACCUGUUGCGUGGCUUUAUCUUUUAUUUAACGAAAGUUGCUCGCCAUGAUGCAUUCAAACCUUGGCUCGACAAUGAAUGUUUGAAGGUCACAUGUUUCUGAUAAAGACAAGAGUACCAGCUCCCUGUCUCAGUUCCAGUUCCAUGCGAGACCUUUUUUUUUUUACUUUUCUCGACUAGGGUUUGCUGCUUUUAUUGUAUUAACAUUAACUUGUGAAUCAUUGUGUGGUAGUGUACUAGUUCAUAUCUCAAAACUAACCGAAUGUCUUCAAGUUUCUGUAAUGUUAGUUCUCUCUCCCCUGUUUAUUGGAUACGACUUCCACUA